GCACGCCGUAGAUCCUUCUCCUUCUUUACAAAGUGUGUUAGAGAUGUCCGUAUGUAAAGUUUUGCAUGUAAUUGUUUUUGUUUUGUUUUGUCACGGAAUUCCGCCUUCUGAUGGACAGAAAAAGAAAGAGACACUGCUGAUGGAAAAAGUUGGCCAGAUGAUGGACUGGGCCAGCAAGAGAUCGGUGAUCAGAAUGAACGGCGAGAAGUUCCGGCGGUUUGUGAAAGCCCCGCCACGGAAUUACUCUGUCGUCGUGAUGUUCACUGCCCUCCAGCCCCAGAGACAAUGUGGAGUGUGCAAGCAGGCUGAUGAAGAGUAUCAGAUCCUGGCGAACUCCUGGCGCUACUCUAGUGCUUUCACCAACAAGAUCUUUUUUGCAUCUGUCGACUUUGAUGAGGGUUCAGACAUUUUUCACAUGCUGAACAUGAAUUCUGCCCCAACGUUUAUGCACUUCCCGUCUAAAGGAAAACCCAAACGGGCAGACACGUACGAGCUGCAGGUUCGAGGCUUUGCGGCUGAGCAGAUCUCCCGGUGGAUUGCUGACAGGACGGACAUCAACGUUCGGGUGAUCAGGCCCCCUAACUACGCAGGUCCACUGAUGCUGGGCUUCUUGCUGGCAGUCGUCGGAAGCCUGGUGUACCUAAGACGCAACAAUCUCGAGUUCCUGUACAACAAAAACGCCUGGGCUUUUGCGGCUUUGUGCUUCGUGCUGAUCAUGACCUCUGGACAGAUGUGGAACCAUAUCCGCGGACCUCCAUAUGCUCACAAGAAUCCUAACACUGGCCAAGUGAGUUACAUCCAUGGCAGCAGCCAGGCCCAGUUUGUAGCAGAAACCCACAUUGUUCUUCUAUUCAACUCAGCUGUGACCUUUGGAAUGGUUCUGCUGCAUGAAGCAGCCACAUCUGACAUGGACAUUGGGAAGAGGAAAAUAAUGUGUAUUGCUGGGAUUGGCUUGGUUGUUCUCUUCUUCAGUUGGCUUCUGUCAAUCUUCAGAGCGAAAUACCAUGGGUAUCCAUACAGUUUCCUGAUGAAUUAACAGGGGAACAAGGGAAUGGACAGGGUAAUUAUGGUAUUAUAAAUAUAACACCAAGGAAAUCUCUCAAAAGCAAUAUCAUGUGCCUUAAUUGAAACUUAUAUGCUCGACAGACAAUACCAUGAUUUCUUGGUACAAGUGAUCAUCACUGAUUUUCUUUUCCUCCGUUAUCAUAUGAAUUUGGCUGCUGUUCUAAGGUCUCCUAGGUCUUGUUUAUAAGGGCCUCUGAAACGGCCCAAACACACCGUGGAGAAUUCAUACAUUGUUGCUGAUUAAUAUAAUAGAGGUGCAAACGUUUGUACUAGUCCACAGUCCUUUUUCCGAAACCCUUGGGACCAGGUGUGUUUUGGAAUGCAUAAUUUUUUUUAGAUUUUACAAAGGUAAUAUGACACGUUGACUGUAUUUACACCGUAUAUUACUUAACACCCUCAGCAGGGUCUGGGGCAGCACCCUGUACUCAAACGCAUCAAUAUUUUUGCAGCAAAGCAUAUCAAUUAUUUAUAUAGGAGUAAACUGGUAGAUGAAAUAGUGGGAUAAGUAUAGUCCAUAAAUACUCUAGUACUGCUUAUUUCUAAGGAAAACAUUCAGCAAAACUUAAAACGUAUGCAGGUUUAAAUUAAGCGAAAUACCUGUACAUAUACAGUACAUGCAGUAAAUAUCUGUUACCUCUGGUUGCUCCAGGAUUUUGGAGAAGAGGGUGCAUUAGACUUUCCAGGGUUUUUGUUGUCGUCGUCAGGUUUCGUUUGAAAAUUUUUGGCACCAAACUACCAAAAAACUUUUUGUUUUAUUUUUUUUAAGGGUGGGCUGUGUUCAGUGGCAAUUUGACUGUUGUGCAGCUGUAAAGUUGGUUUGGUGGGAAUGUAAAAGACUACAGGGUUUUUUUUUUUUUUUUUUUUUUUUUUUUUGUGGCAGCAAUGUUAUUUAUGCCGGGCAAUGAUAACUUAUUCUAAUUAAAAAGACAAAGUCACAUACUUUCCUGUUUCAAAUUCAUCUUUAGAAUUAAUCUCUAGCUAUGAAAGAAUCUAAAUGUAGACAUGGGAGUCAACUGUAGACUUCCCUUGCAUAUUUGCUGAGCAGUGUCAAGUGUUAAUGUAAUUCUACAACAACUGUAAUUCAUCCCUGAAAAUUUGCUCAUACGGUGAAUUCUCAUGAACUCUUAAUUACCAUUUAUUUAAACUAGGAAAAUAAACAAGACAUUCCUAAGCCACGAUUUUUGUUUCACCAAACAUGCAAAAUUCCUGCUUUAUUCCUUCCUAAACACAGAGAAAAUGUAAUUCUGAUCAACCCAGAAUAUCAACACAUUACCUGUUUUAUUCUGUUGUGUAAAUGAGAUGCGUGGAAGAAAUUAUGCGGAGGGUGGGCUACUGCCCUUGGCCGGUGCUCAGAUAUCAAACUGAAAUGUCUGUUCUCGUAUGGUUUUUGUCUUUGACGUGUUGAUGGAUUGUUAUAUAGGUUUUCGGGUUGAAAUUCCACGCAGUUACUUAAGUACAAGCUUUUAAUACGGGCACUCUUUAUGAAGGGCAAGGCUGGUAAUUGUUCUGAAUUUUUAAUGUCAUUUUGAACAGCCGAUAUACAAAUUCAUGGUAAAGGUAGGAAAGUAUGAAGCUGAGAAUUGUGGUGAAAGUCCUCAGAUAUUUAACUUUAAAUCAUAACCAUUGUUCUGUAUGUGCUGUUCAUAAUGAUUUCAGUUGUGCAUUUGUUUAAUGUACUUUUUUUUAAAAUUCUCCAUUAAAGCCAAUAUCCUGCAGCUUAAGUAAGGACCGAACAUUGAAAAAGUAUUGUCAUUAAUACUGCUGGCCUUUGCGCUUUCGAGGCAAGUUAGGAACAUUUAUUUAGUUCGCUGAAUGAUUCCUGUACAUUUCUGUGCUGCAGACUGUGAUGAAAAGCAGGCAUUUGGGGCAUUGCUAUUCAGCAAAGUAUGGAAAGUUGUGAAAAAUUGAAAAAACAACAUGCAGUGGUGUUGGGGGGGGCAAGAGAUGAUAGGUGGAUCCAUUUUUAAUCCAUAGCUGGACUGAAGUAUUGAACAGUGGAAACAUGCCUGACAUAAGAUCUUGUUACUUGGUCUGUGCUACAUCACAGGGGAUUGUUGGAUUAUGAGGGUUGUUUUUGAAGAACACUGUCUUACGUGAAAGAGUACAUUUUUGAAUGUUUCAGGGAAAACCUUAUUAAAACUUUGAAAGUGCCUUAAAAAUGGUUUGUUUUUAUUUUUGGAUUUAUAUAUAAUGAAGAGAACUCUUCAUUAUAUAACUUUUGACAGCUUGUCCAGUGAUGCACUGCUGGAUUUCCACACCGGACCCCUCUGCUUGCCUC